AUUUUCGGACGCUGCUUUCCCGCCAUCACUUAUCCUAAUUCCACCAGACGCUGACAUGACGGUCAAUGUAGGCGACACAGUGCUGGCUUACCAUGGACUAAUGAUCUACGACGCUAAAGUGCAGAAGGUGGAUAACGGUCAGGGUGUUCUGGAGACGCCUGGCGCUGGGGGUCGCCCCACAGACAACACGCAAUACUACCUGCACUACCAGGGUUGGGCCAAGAAAUGGGACGAAUGGGUUCGUCACGACCGCGUGCUCGAAGACACGCCGGCCAAUCGGACGCUGCAGAAGAAAGCCAAGGAGGACGUUGCUAAGGCUAAGAAGGAGAAGCGUCUUUCCAAGAAGAAGAAGAUAAGCUCGGCCGGCGUCGACGCCCCCAGUUCUCGCAAGUCCCCGUUUAAACGCCUAAAGCGCAGCACGGAGGGCGAAUACGAGGAGUUUCCAGGUCCCAAUGACGCCUCAGCGGAGGACGGAACGACCGCCAAGCAAAUCAACAUCCAGAUGCCCUUCUCGCUCAAGAAGCAGCUCGUAGAGGACUGGAAGAACGUGACCCACGCACCGCACAAACUCGUGCCGCUACCAAGGAAGCCUAAUGUGAGUCAGAUUAUCCAGACGUACCUCGAAUUUAAGAAGAGCAAAGUGCGCACGGGAGAGGCCAGCGAGGAGAAGGAGUACAAGAAUAUUGAAGGCAUCAUGCAGGGCGUGCAGUCGUACUUUGAUCGUGCACUGAGCUCCAUCCUACUCUACCGCAUGGAGCGUCGUCAGUACCAGGAGCUCCGACAGAAACAGAGCGAGGAAGUCCCGCUUUCGCAGAUUUACGGCGCUGAACACCUUAUUCGGCUUUUCGUGAGAUUGCCUGUGCUUUUGGCGAGCUCCAACAUUUCUCCACGCGAGUUGAACCAGAUCCAGGCGCGUCUCAACGAUUUCCUCAAGUUCAUUCAGAAGAACUCGGCGGCGUGGUUCGUCACGGAGUAUGAGGCUGCCUCGGACAAAUACGUCGAGCAGGCCACUGCUGCAUCCUCCUAAAAAUGACAAAAAGGGCACAAAUUGCAUGUUUAGUCAUCUUCAAUUUUCAAAAGUUGAAUUUUCAGGUUACACAAUGUAACCUGAAACUUACAUUAUCGUACUUACAGUGCUCGUUUGACAUAGG